AUGCGCCCGCGGCGGCCAGGGGUGCUAGGUGUUUUUAGUUGUGGGAUUUCUGCGUUUCAUGCGGGAAGGCCGCCUCGUGCUUUCCGUCUGGACUACACUCCUCUGUCAACCACCCACACCGUCUUUGGACAGAAGCAGGCCACUGUGCCUGCACUGCCGCGUCACAGACGCCAGCUUUCGACGGAUCACCCAGCGUUUGGCACGAAUAGGGCGUUUUCUCCUGGUAGGCCAUUUAAAGGCCCUAUUAGCGUAUCGGGCUUUUUUUUAGCCGUCGACCCCAAUUUUGCGGCAGGAACACAAAAUCGAAUGAACCCAAAUGCACAAAUAACUGUGCGUGAUAGUGAGGGGAACAUGUCGCGGGUCCGUUACCGCUGUCACUUAGAGUCCUAUACAGGACUGAAAUUAGAGGCACUUAUAAGACUCCAGGUUGGAUGGAUCUCGCCAAAGGUGACAUUCUCAUUUAUUCCAUAUGUCAUUUACCUCGGAAAAGGAUUUGAUCUGAGCAUUCCAUUUUUUAUUCACUUCACUAUGGUGUCGGUAUUGGAUGAGCAUGGCGACCGUACUGGAAGUUUUCUCUACUUCAGCGGAACCCCUAUGCUUGGGUUUUCCGCAGGCUUGACACAAAUUCGACGAGGAAAGUUGGUGCUAAACCCAGCAAAGGAAGUGGAUCCCGUGGAGGAGUCUAAGCAGUUUGUUGGAAAGAUUCAUGUUAGACAAUUAGGCUUUGUGUUACUCAAAUGUCUCGGUUACGCCUUGUGUUUCCUCGCGUGUGUCCCUGCUUCGCAGCGCUUUCUUCAGUACAUGCUUCCCGAUCCAUUUCACCGGCACAGCGAAAGUGCUGUUUGA